AUGAAUGAGAAUAAUAAAAAAAAGAGUAAUAAUGAAGAAAAAAUAAGAAGUAUAGAUAUUUACUUUGACAGUGAAGAAACAAAUGUUCCUAUUAAUUAUAGUAAGGAUAAAUAUGAACUACAAAAAGAAAAAAUAAAUAAAAAAAUUUCCGAAAAAUAUGAUAAAAAGGAAUUUUCUAUUCUUAAUAGUUUUCAAAAAGAACUAAAUGAUAAAAAUGAAUAUAUGAAAAAAAAAGAAAUUGAGAAGAAUCCUCGUCAAAAAAAAAAUUAUGUAGAAGAAAAUAUUAAUUUGAAUAAUGAAGAAUUUGAAAUACCUAUACAAAGAAGAAAUACUAAGAAUGAUUAUUAUAAUAAUAAUUUUUAUAAAAAUAUUGAACACGAUAAGGAGUAUGAAGAUGAUAAAAAAUUACAUUUAUUAGAUAUUUUUAAUUAUAAUGAUUUCCCCAUUAAUUUAUUUGGGAAAAAAAAAAAAAAAGAAAAAAAUAAAGAAAAAAAGUUCGUUAUUGAAUUCCUUGACUCAUAUAACGAUGAAUUUGUAAAAAAAAAUAUUGAUAACAAUCUUAUUUUUGAAUCUAUAGGAGUGUGUAAAGGCGUUUCUUUUUUAUACAUUGGUAAAAAUAUUAAUAUUAAUUGUAUAGGAUCAAAAGAUGACAAUGCAUUUUAUUUUUAUAAGAUGAUACCGUUUAAUAAAAUUUAUUCAAAAGAUGCCAUUAAUAAAAUACUAAGUAAAAAAAAAGUAGUUUCAAAAAAGGAAGAUAUAAGACAAAGCGAUAUUAAAAAUAUUAAUUCAAACAUUGAUCAUAAAAAUUAUUUUUUAAAUUAUUACAAUAUUCUUAAAAAUUACUUUUUUAAAGAUAAGAAAAAAAAAACAUUAUAUAAUGACUUAUAUCUAUCACCAUAUGAAAAAAAUUUAAAAUCAAGUGUAUGUAUUGGAACGCAUAUAUAUUCAAAAGAAAGGGCAGUUAAAAAAUGUUUUGGAUUAUUAAUUGAACAAAAUGUGUAUAAUAUUGAUCAACCGCAUGAUGAUAAUACAACUGUUAAUAAAAAUUUAGAAAAUUUAUAUUUUGAUUUUCCAUAUGAUAAGCAUCAAAUAAUUUUUAAACCAAUUUAUUAUCCAUAUAAGAACAUAAAAAUUAUAAAUAACUCCUUGAAGAAUUAUUUAAAAAGUAUCCAUUUCGAAAAAUUGAGCCAUUUAAAAGAUUCCCAAUUUUAUUAUAAUGCAAAAAAAAAUAUUUUUGAUUUUUCAAAAGAUUUAUAUUUAACUACCAAAAAUGCUAUUAAAUAUUUUGAUUCUCCAAAGGAUUUCAUUAUACAAACAACGAAAAGAAUGCAAGAUAUAAAUAUUCAAAUAAAAAAGAUUUGCGAAAAGUCUCUUUAUAUUAUUCAUGAUUCUAUUUUAAAAUUAAGUAAAGCAUCAAAAGCUUCAUAA